GAAUGGUUCUGUAAUAAAUUGAGGGGGGGGGGGAAUCACAUACAAUAAAUCAGCGAGCAACACUGAACGCCCUCUCAUCUGAUUCCUCUUUUAAAAGAGAACGAUCCUAGAUACGGUUACUGUGAUGUCAUGGAAAAUGACCGGCCUUCGCCGUACCUGCUCCCAGGGGCUGGAAGUGCACGCGAAAACCAAACAACAGUUGCCGGGGAACGGAGGAACACAAAUCCCAUGUCCGGCCAAGUGAGUCCAGGCCUCGACAGACAGCUACCACACACACAACACGUCAACUAUCUGUCCUCGUCGAGCAACUACAGUCCGACCAGUCUCCGUUUUACGACUCUGAGGAAUGCAGCGUUAAUCCUCCUUUUAUUCUUUUAAAUAUCCUUUUUCUUAGUAUUCAGAGCGCUGGUUCAGAGGAGCAGACGUAUUAAUGCUGCCGGCCGGGCCGUGUCGGGUAACACAAUCUCGUGGACCAGUUCAACUGUCAACUCCUCUGUCACAGCACAUCGCUGAACACUGUUAACUACAGACAGACCGUCCACCAUCUUCUUGUCUCCCGGCGGCGGCAUGGCCAAGGGAAAGAAAAGCAGACAGGCCAAAGGUAAGACAGUCACCCUGAAGACGGUGCAGAAAUGCGUGGAGGUGACGCCGGAAGGCAAGCGGCGCCUGAACCUCGGCUUCAAGGAGCUCUCCACGGUGCCAAAGUGCAUCCAGAGGGUGUGCGACAUGGACGAGGUGAACCUGAGCAGGAACCUGAUCCGAAAGGUGCCGGAUUUCAUCGACCAUUUCGUCACCAUCAAGGUUCUGGAUCUGCACAGCAACUACUUGGAGACGCUCCCCGUGACCAUCGGCCGCCUCCAGAACCUGCAGGUCUUGAACCUGUGCAACAACCGCCUGACGGCUCUGCCCUUCGAGGUCGGCCUGCUGAGGAGGCUCCACACACUGAGCCUGGGUCUCAACCAGCUGGAGGCCCUCCCCGGCUCCAUCGGAGCCCUGAAAGAGCUCCGCCACGUCGGCCUCUCCGACAACCGGUUCGCCCGCGUCCCCGCCUGCCUCUCGAGGCUGAGCAAACUGGAGACGGUCAACCUGGACCGGAACCCGAUGAUCCCCGCUGAGCAGACGCCGGCCCCCGAGUAUACACUACCAGAGGGCUUUCACCUGGUCAAAGCGAGCUUCCUGUGUGAGGACUGUCUGAGAAGGUGCCACCACCCUGAGAGGAAGAAGAUGGAGGAUGCGGUGGAGGAACUCACCUAACCUGGUGAGCACGGAAGGCAAGUGGAUGUAGAGAUCGCUCUACUUCGUGAAAGGCAUUCAUACGAGGCACAUGUGAAAUGAAAAACCAUUUACUUUUCCUCGAGCUCUUGGGAGGAUUUCAUAAUUUACCGAGUAGCCUCGAACUGCGAAGUUUUAACUGACGCUACAGCACGGUCAUGUCACUGAGAACCGUCUCUCGUGGAGCUGGUAGGGGUCGAGUGCUCGCUGGAGGACAUCUGAGGAAUAUGCAUGCUUGUGAACUUAACAUCCUAUAGUUAAAUCGUUUUUGUUUCUUUCAUUUUCCUUUUUUUUUUACCAACAAAUCACAUCACGUCUUCUCAAGUUAUUCAAAAUAAUGUUUAAUGGUAAAAUAAAUUAGCUGAGCAUCCAGUGAACCAUGUGGAGUGCCUCGGGAUAAUGCAUGUUCUGAAUUGGCGCUGUACAAAUGAAUGAAAAAAUUGAAGUAAUAUCUUGAACCUUUUUUUAACUUUUACAUAACAAGGGACAUUUAGUGUAAACUCAAUGUAUUGCACUGUAUAAUCAUACUGUAAAUCACACUUUUGUCAAAUACCACAUUUCUGUCAUUAAUUCCAGAUCAACAAAUACUUUAAACAAGAAAUAAUAAUAUAAUUAAUUGAUUGAUUGGUUGAAAUGUUUAUUUCGAAUAUGCAAAUAAAAUUAAAACAGAAAACAAAAACUAUAAAUAAUAACAAUAAAUCAAAGUGAUCAUACCAUUGCAGGCAAAUAAUAAACAAAAAACACAUACAAAAAUAAUUUUAAACCAAAGGAACCAACCAUGAACAUUAAUUUAAUCAAUUUACAUAUUCGAAAAGGAGAGGGAAAAAGUAUAACUUAUUUAAUCCCACCCCUUCUCCAUAAUUAGCAAUAUUUAAUUAUUUCUAAUGUUUAUAAUAAUUAUAACUAAUGUGUUAAUCUCUAUUUCAAAACAAGAUAUAAAUUAAUUUCUGCAUAUUCCGCAGAUAUAUUUAUCUCAUCUACUACAACUCAAUAUUAUUUUAUAUCAUAAUAUAGCUAUAAUAUGCACUACAAGAUGCACCAUAUAUGAACAUAUAUUUUUCUUUGCAUUUUUACAUAUUUACAGUAUCACACCAAAAGACAAUCCCUCCAAUUUUACUCCAGCAAGACAAAUAAUAAAUACAAAAAGAAUUAAUACUCAUAGUCAAACAUCUUCAUUACUUCCUGUACCUUGUGAAGAUCAUCUCUCUAUACCUCCGUUUCAACUGGCAUGAUUAUAAUAAUAUUUUAUGUAUCUUAAAUGAUAAAUUUACAUUCAAUUUUCCUAUCAAAAACACAAUUGUUGCGCUGAAUAUAUUGAAUUAUUUUUAUGUCAGGUGUACUCGUAACUUUAAUGUUACUGUAUUGGGCUAAAAUAAAAGCGUUCUGUGCAAGCUGCUUCCCAUUAAACUUUUAAGUUGAGUUGGGAUUUACAGUUUAGCGUUCUACUUCUCCCGUUGAGACAUAUCGUGGAUCAAGUGUCUCGAUUGAAGGGCACAAUGACACCAGCUCCACCAGCUGAGAUGCGAACAUCACAUCUCAAAAACAGCCUCACAAACAGAAAUGGAUCAUCGACCGUUGUCUAAGCAAACAGUGUUGGCUGAGACGACUAUAAAGGCCACAGCUUCUGCCCCUUUAACUUAUCCCCAGAUGGAGAUCAAUGCUUCUUCUUUUUUUCCCCUGUGUUGUCAUCUGCCUCCUGUACGACUGCACCAACAGUCAAUACAGUCUUAAAAGGUCCGCGUCGUUCAGUUUUCACCACCCCGCCGGGCGGAAGAGUGCUGAGUAGACUGGAUUAAGAUCUCGGUAGACGGACUCAUUAAAGAGACAAGCUGCCCGGUAUCGACUCAGGCCACGUUGUGAGGCCAGCAAGUGUUACAGUGACAUGUGAAAGAGA